AUGGCGAGUAAGCUCGCCCCAAGGACUAGGGCCCUUUUGGACAAAAUUAUCAGAGUAGACCACGCGGGCGAAAUUGGGGCUAAUAGAAUAUAUCAAGGACAAUUGGCUAUUUUAGGAAAGACUCCCGAUGGGCCCACCAUUUCACAAAUGUGUGACCAGGAAAAGGUGCACUUGGCGACUUUUGAGGAGCUGAUCCCUAAAUACCGAGUAAGGCCCACGCUUUUGAGGCCACUUUGGGAUGUUUGUGGCUUUGCUCUGGGGAUGGGUACUGCUUUACUUGGUCGAGAAGCGGCAAUGGCCUGCACCGUUGCUGUUGAAUCAGUAAUCGGCGAUCACUACAAUGAUCAGAUAAGAGAAUUGAUGGCUGAGGAUCCAGAACAAUACAAGGCUCUGAUUGAGGUAAAUUGCGUUAUUGGUAAUUCGUUUCGCACUUGCGAUAUGCUAGUCUUUUUUGGUUUAGGUUUUUCUGCCCAAAGUGGCUCGAAGCCCUAUGAUAAAUCUAAGAGUAACUGA